GUAGGAAUCAGACAUGAAGAUGAAGGCUCUGGUGAGAUCGCUCCUCUUGCUCGCUGUGGCUGUCCUGCUGGUCAGAGGUCAGACACAGACGGAGACCAGGUAUGAAGACAUCAUCACAGCUGCUUCAACUCAGCUGCUUCCUGGGGAAGAGCAGGCUUUCCGUCCGCUUCUGAACCAGCUGGAAGUCGAGACUGUGAGUAUUCAGACAGUAUGAACGUUUCCCUCCUCUUAUUUACACAGUGCUGAUGGGCACAACAACGUUUAUGUGUCAUGGUUUGUUAAAUAGUUUUCUUUCAGUCAAGUCAAGGGAUAAUUGUCUGUUUAAUAUGCACCAGCAUGGAAACAUUUUCAUAUACUUUUUCAUGGAAAAGAAAUAGACUCAAUAGGGGGGAAAUGACCAUUGAAAUAAAUGACAAUACUGAGUUUGUCUCUCUGAUCCCAGUUGAAUACAGAGGAUGUGGACCAGUCUGAUGUGUCUGUAAGGUUGAGCUUCCCCCUGCAGGAGACUCUCUGCAGUAAGGCACAAGGGCUGCAAGGCAAACCAUGCCCUCUGAAGAAAAAUGGGGUAAGAACAAUUGGAUUGUACAGUAUUGUGGGAAAUAAUAAUCAUGGGAAGCAAGAAAUCACCAAUAAUAUGCUGAGAUUGGCAAAUGGCUAACUGACAAUGACUCCUUCCUCUAUAGAAACGAAUGAUGUGCAGCAUGGAGGUCAGAUAUCCGAUUCUGGAGGCCAGCAACACCCUCAACACUGACCUGUCUGACAUUUCUUGUGAAUACAUGGAGGCAGAAGAUGCUGUGCAGGUACUGAGCACUGCAAGUUAUUUCUCAACAUCUCCCUACCUAUAUUAGUUAUGAUGUAAUGAUAAUAGUAGCCUAACACUGUCAGAACAGUUCAUCGCAAUAAAUAAAUAAAUGCAGAUGUGAAAAGUGCAUUAUAUGCUUAGCAGCUUAUGAUUUUCAUGGAUGCUGAAAUUCUGGUGUCUUGAUAAAGUAAACAUGCAUCUCUUGUAAUAAUAACUUUUUCCGAUUAGUCAGGUUAAAAUAAAUCAGAUGUUUCAUUUUUUUAUUAAUAUUUUUAAUGAUUACAGCAGAAGAUUCGGACAAGAAGAAGCAACGCCAGCGGAGGCUCCAGGGGCUCUAAGGGGGGUAGAAAAGAUUCCAAGGGGGGUAGCAGAGGUCGUCCUGGGGGUGGCUCUCGUCCUGGGGGUGGCUCCUCCAUCGCUGGGGCUAGCAGAGGAAACAGUGGUGGAACUCGCACUGCAUAG